CGCUUUAAGCUCAGGUAUUUAGCUUGGCACUAGAAACAUUCUUCUGAUGAAAAAUAAUAAGAGUUUUUCAGAGCACAUAUGCCAGCUUGAAGAUGAGGUGAGAGAACUUAAAAAUCAGAUCAUCUAUAAAGAUAUUUCUUGCUCAAAAGCUGAGAAUGAGAUCUCUACAAAAUUGAAAGAGAUACAAGCUUUCCAAUUAGAAAUAAAAGAGUUGGAAAUGAAGUAUUUUUUAACUCAGAAAGAUUUAUCAGAAAUGGAUUCUCUUAGACGAGAGUUAGCACUGUCAAGGCAAAAUGUUGAACUAAAGAAUGUUAACUUACUAGAUCUGAAGGAAGAUGAAUUAAGUGAAAAAAAGGGUGAAUCAAUGCGAUUAAGGGAUGAAUUGACCUUAACGCGAAUAGAAUUGAUGGAUAAAAAAGAAGAAUUAAUGCAAAUGAGAGAUAAUUUGUCCUCAAUACAAAAGACAUUAUUAGAGAAAGAGAUCCUCCUUCAAGAAGCUAAUGAUCAUUUAGCUGAGCAUAUACAUGAAACCGAAAUUGGUUAAUUUUGACAUCUGAAAUGGUCAAAAUGGUCAAAAUGAUUUUGACUUAGGCCCUUCUAAAAGUAACCGUUCAUAAUAUUUUAUUAAAAAAAAAUAAAAAAAAAGAUAAAGAUUCGUACUUACGAAUCUUUAUCUUUGGGUUUUUGUUCUUCAGAAGCCCACCGAACCUAAAAAAAUAAAGAAAGGAACAGUUAAUAAACCGUUCCAAAAUGAUAUAAAAAAAAAAUAAAAAAAUAAAUUUAUAAAGAUUCAUACUUACGAAUCUUUAUCAUUGGGUUUUCAUUCUUUGGAAGCCCACCGAACC